CCUGACCCCACCACAACCACUAGCUUGCUUCAAGCAAGCGAAACACAAUCCAACGGUCUUUCAGAACGUUCAAAUUUCAACGACACAACCAGUUUAUCGACGGCAAUCGAACGUAAACAACGUAUACGAUUUUUUUUUUUUCGUAAAUUUCGCCAAAAAUGCAUCGUAGCGAUAAAGAGUGAGAAACGCGCGUGUGUCGGCGCCUCAAUUUUGAGUUUUCGUGAGUUUUUUGUCGCCUUUGAGGUGGUGUGUGGUUGAGUUAUGGUUUUGAGUGCCCCAUUUGUUUGGAUUAUUUUUCACCCAAAGAAAGCUGCAAAAUUUCUUUUUUUCGGAAAAAGUUUUAAGAUGCUAAAAAAUGAACUGCGGCAGUAAAGGUUAAACGAAAACAUUUCACCGGUAGCGAUUGCUAGUUGAAAGUAACUAUUAUGCGCAAAAUGAAGUCGAUCAAAGCGAUAUUCCGUAGAGGACAGUCGCAACAGGUGGCUGUCGAUCAACAAAAUCAAGAUGACCUGUCGAGAGCCUCUUCGAUCAGCAAUUUAAACUCGGAGGGCAAAAAUAAGGGGGCUAAGCCUAGAAAAGCGCCCAGCAGAGAUAGAAUCGACAAGGUGGGGGAGAAAAAGAAUGACAGAAAAGGUGUAUCGAGAAACAACAACAAACUAGAAUCCUGCGAUUCUCAACAGGAUACAUUGCAGGACCUCGAGAUACUUCAAAAGCAACUAGCUGAGAUGGCCAAUGAAAAGUCGAGUCUUGCUUUGCAGCUGGGUGAGCAGAAAGGCCACCUCAACAUUUUACAAAAUGAAAUAGAAAAACUCAAGAGUUUUCAGGACGAAUCAAACCAUCAGAUGGACAAGCUGACGGAAGAGAAUACUGUUUUGAGAAAUAGGUUGAGGGAUGUUGCUCACUCACCAUUAUCUGAUACGGAGAAACAACAGCUUUUAUUCGAAUCGCAUAGACACCAUAGCUCAGCGCCUGCUUCUAUUGCUACCAAUUUGCUGGAAGAUAACCUUGGAGAUGUAACCGCUUGUACUACUCCCGAGUGGGACAAGCACAGCAGUGGAAAUGUCUCGGAAAUUUCGGUGGCCUGUCUCCAGGAUAAAAUCAACCAGAUGCAGGAAACUCACUACAGUACAAAUGAGGAACUUCAAGCCACGUUGCAGGAGCUUACGGAUUUGCAGCGGCAGCUUACGGAACUUCAGCAGGAAAAUGAUAGGUUAACCGACGAAAAAACGUUGAUGUUCGAUUCCCUUUGUCGGCAAACUGAAAGAUUAAACGAUACAAGAGACGAGGUUGAAUCAUUAAAGCAACUUCUCUAUAAAGAGAAAGACGAACACAACUCGGGUAACUUCGAGUCGGCAGUAGAGCGCGAAAAAAAACUCGUCGAUCUCCUGAAAUCCGCGCAGGAGGAACGCGAGAAUCUCCUCUUGAAACUCGACCAAUUACAAGGCGAGUUACAAGAAACACGCGUUCAGAAUAACGAUAAAGAAUCGGAAAUAAUCAACUUAGCCGAGAGAGUCAAAACUUUAGAGAGCACUCUCGAUGCCAAGCACGCCGAGCACAAGCAGUUGGAUCGCGAGCUCGCGCUGGCCAAAGAUCAAUGCAGCAGCCGGCACAUAGAAAUCAAUCGUCUCAAAGAUUUAUUGGAGAACGCCAGGACUAAAAUAAUAGAGCUAGAGCAAGAUAGAGCUUUGAGCGAUAAGUCCGAGCUGGACGAACUUUUGGACAACGCUAGGAAGGAAAAAGACGCCUUGGAAUCCGAGGUGGCCCACCUAAAAGACCAACUGGCCAGAAGCAAAAACGAAUCUGAGAAACUGAAGGAACAGGUGUCGAUAUUGCAAGAAGAAUGCAAGGUCACAAGAAACAACGCCAAAUCCACUCAAAGCGACCUGGAGUACAAAUGCGAUAAACUCCAACAAGAAAAAAACAAUCUCACCGAGCAAAUGCAACAGUUUCAAGAAUUAAUAAACGAACUUCAGUACCAAAGUCAGUGCCAAGUGGAGGACAAAAGGCAGCUCUCAGCGGUUUUGAGCGAAACCCAGAGGAAUCUUAGCGAGACUGAAAACAAACACAUGGAGUUGAGUGCGGAAAUAGAAGAGAUAAAAAAACUGAGAAAAGAGGAGACUGAAGACUGGGAAAAAUUCCAGGACGAUUUACUGACCUCGGUCAGGGUUGCCAACGACUUUAAAACCGAGGCCCAAAAAGACCUACAGAAGUUCAUUUUGGAGAACAAAGUGCUAAGGGACAAAUUGAGACAGCUGGAGUCGCAGAUAGACAAAAUAAAAGGUUCGUCUCUGGAUAGUCUUGCGUGCAACUCGCUUGAAAUGCAAAGACGUAAAAGCUCUUCGAAAAGUAAAUCCAGUAAGGAAGAAAUGUCCAGUGGUGCUUUUAUGGCUUUGGAAGGCAAAGAGAGGAAAGAUUUACUGUCGAAGUUGGUUAAAAAGAGGGAUAAAAAGGCUAGGGGUAGAGCCAAACCGGUCAGUGUCGAGGAAAGUUUGCUUCUAAAAUCUCUCGAUGAUUGGCACAGUAGAAUCGAUCCUAAAAUACCUGACGAACGUUUGACGGAAGAAGAAAAAAGUGUUAAGAGGUUGAAGGACAUUUACCAGAGCGAACAAUUGCUGUAUAAACCCAAGGCAAAAAAGCCCAAGGAACAGCUUGCCAUCAGUAAACCUCUGUUAGAUUCCGUCAUAGCUAACCCAAAGUUGGAAAAAAUUGCCAACGAUCCCACUUUACCUCUGAUCGACAGUAUCAUCAGAGAAAGUGCGUUGGAUAAAACAAUAACCCACAAAAGAACAAAAGCAACCACAGAUAUGAGAAGACAUAGCUCUGUGCACAUCACGAAAAGAGAUUCCAUUAACUCCAACAUCGGCAAAAGCAAAAGUUUAACCGACAUAACCUUCAUAUUCGAACCAAGAAUUGAUACUCUACUGAGAACAAAAUCAUUCGAAAACCUACUGGAAAACAGCACCAUAAACUUAUACAGACAAUCCUCCAUAAGACCUGAGGAUUCAGUAUCAAACCCUAGAUGCUCAGAAAAGUUGACCAUCCACGAUUCAUAUGGCGAACUGAACAACAUCCUAGAUGAAAUACCAUUGGAUAAAGACUUCAUCCAACUUACAAAAGAGCAACAGUACGCAUUGAAACUCAAAGAUGCUCUUGAUAAAUCCAAAACAAAUCUAAACAAAGUAAAAUACAAAAAAUUCUACGACAACCUCAAUAAUGCCUCACAAGAAUCAUUAGAAGAUAUUAACCCACGGCAAUCUAUAGAAUCAAACACCGAAACAUUAUCGAACGCUUCGAGUUACUCAAGUGGCAAUUUCGACGUAAUUUCUGGCCAAAUAAGAUGCUCUAAAAAAAGACCAACUGGAAAAAUUGUAAGCAGUUCAUCAAGCAUCAACUUCCAAAAGAAUGGCUUCGAAUACACCGAAAUAAACCCUGAAGAUUACCAAGAAAACCUUAAUAUUGUUGAGUACGAUGUCACGUCGCCUUUAAACAGAAAAUUUGAAGAUUUAUCUUUCGAGAAUACUGAAGAUAUUGAAAAUGAAUAUCUCCCUCAUAACACUGAAGAAAUUGAAUACGAAAACCAAGAAAUCCACUGCUACACUGAAGAUGACGACUUUGAAAAUGAAGAAAUCCAAACAUCACCUACCCAGACUUUAAAAAGGCAAAACAAAUACGGGGUGAAAGCACCCGUAUACGUAAGAAAUGUUUACAAAAAAGUUGUAGAAGAAAUGAAGGAAAAAUGUGGCCUAAACGAUGAAAUCAACCACGAUGAAGACGAAGAAACACAAGAAGAACAACCAAGUACAUCAUUCGAUGAUUUCUUCACUGCAGUAAGAGUGGAUCAAUUCGAAGAACAAGUUAAUAAUGAAGAAAUGUCAAACUUAAUUGAAGAAAAAGCGUUGAAAAAAACGAGCAAAGUUUUAUUACAAACUAAUCAGGAUGAUAUUAGAGUCAAAAACUAUGAAAUUCGAGGUAAAAAUGAAGAUAAUCUUCAAUUAAAAAAUGAAGAAUCCCCGGAAAGUCAAAAUGAGGAAAAUGCUUCUAUAAUAACUGUUGACAAUCAAAGUAAAAAUGAAGAAAAUUCUCACUCAAAAAAUGAAGAAAUCGAAGAAAAAAUUGAUCAAAUUAAAGGAAUCAACCUCGAUGAAGAUGAAGAAACACAAGAAGAACCAAGUACAUCAUUCGAUGAUUUCUUCAUCGCAGUAAGAUUCGAAGAACAAUUUAAUGAUGAAGAAACAGUGAUAAAUUCUAACGACGACAUCGCCGAAGAAAUGUCAAACUUAAUUGAAGAAAAAUCGUUGGAAAAACCGACAUACACAAGCAAAGUUUUAUUACAAAUUAAUCAGGAUGAUAUUAGAGUAAAAAACGAUGAAAUUCGUGGUAAAAAUGAAGAUAAUCUUCAAUUAAAAAACGAAGAAUACCCGGAAAGUCAAAAUGACGAAAAUGCUGUUGAUUUUAAAGAUGAUCAAAGUAAAAAUGAAGAAAAUUCUCACUCAAAAAACGAAGAAAUCGAAGAAAGAAUUUAUCAAAAUGAAGAAACCUUUCUUCCCAAAAAUCGCCAAUCCUCAAAAAUAGUUGAUUUAAAAAGUAAAAUUGAAGAAAGUCUUCACUUAAAAAACGAAGAAAUUGAAGAAAUCAACGAAAAAACCUUCAAAAAUGAAUCUUAUAUUUUCGGUCUUCAAUCGAAGAAACCCCCAUCUUCAAAAGUGGAAGAGUUAAUUAAACGUUACUCAGGCUUGGAUAAAGAAAGCAUUAAAUCUCAACAUUUCGUUAUAAACGCCAAAUCAAGCGAAGAUACGUUUGACUUGAAUAAAGAAGAUAUCGAAGAGAAGUUGAACAGUUUGACGUGCGAAGAAAAGGAGUUGGUGAAAAAAAUUCGAAGCAGGGAAGAAAGGCCUUUAUCCGUCAUUAAUAUGGACGAUGUUAAGGUUAUUGAAGAAAUGGCGAGGAGAUAUCCGGGGUUGGAUGACGAAGCUGUAAAAAACGAAGAAAGGGGGAAAUCUUCAGAGGGUUUGAUGUGUGCAACAAAUUCUUGGAGAAGGAGGUUGAACAAAAUAUCUCUGGAUUCUAAUUUGGGGUACACACCGGUGUUUGAUUCUGAUAGUAGAGGUUCGAGUCCGUAUUCUUCAUUGAAGAAGGUGGUUUUUAAAGAUGCGUAGAUUUUAUUUUUGUAGAUUGUUAAUACUAAUAAAAAAUGAAGAAUGCUGGUUGUUUUUUUAAUAUUUACGGUACAAUUAACUAUUUUCUUCGGAAACAGGUUUAUCAGAAGCAUUCGAAGAUAUGCUUUCGUCUUCGUUAUUAUUUGUGACCAAUAGUUUUUCGUCAUUUCUUCUGUUGGCAUUGUCAAAAUUCAUUCGUGAAUUUGUGACCCUGCUUAAGUCGAAGGUAUCUGGGAAUCUGUAGUUUGGAUCAUUGGUGAAGUUGACGUUUUUUUUGUUUGAAGUGGUAGUGAAUAUGUCUGAGUUGUAGUAAGAACUCGUGUUAACGUCUAAAGGUACGAAAUCGUUGAAGUUAAGGAAAUCAUCACCAAUUCUAGUUUGCGUGUUAAUAUUGCGCGUAUCUUCCAGACUUUCAUUGCUAUCCGAGGUGGUGACGUAAGUUCCGCUAAAAUACGGAUUACUACUGCUGAAUCCAGGCGUGUGUUCAUCAUAAAUAUUAUCGUUUUCGAGAUUGAAGAGAUUCAACUUUGAAUCGUUCACGUUGUUUUGGUGAUUUAAAUUGCCGGCUAUGUUUAGAUCUUCGAAUUUCCCUGCUACGUCUAUGAAAGAGAAGCUGCAACUGGCAUCGUUGUACCCUGUAGCGUUAUCUAUGUUGUCAGCCAUGUCGUCCAGAUUUUCAAUCGCCGCAGGAAUGGAGUCGAAUUUCUGCGAGACUUUUAAGAAAUCAAGUUGUUGUCGUUGUUUUAUAUCCUCUUGGUUAUCAUAGAAGCGUUCGAUUCCACCAAACACUGUCGGUACAGUUCCAGAUGCCAAUUUAUUUUCGCUGAUGAUUACCUUGAUUUUUGAACUUGGGGUCUUUUGAAAAACCUUAUCAGGGUCUUGAAUGCUUUGAUCUGAACCUCCACUGUAAUUUUCUAUAUCUGAUUUUUUCAUAUUACAAACACAUCGACAUGUGCUGUCAUCUUUUGACGGUUUUGAUUGUUUAAAUGAUGAAAGGCUGUCUUGAAUACUUUGUGUACAACUUUGUGACUGUUUGUUGUAGCACAAACUGCAAAUGAACAGGUCACAUUAAGACCCACAUCGCUGACAAGCGAGGAUUUUCAAAGUAGAAGGCAGAAAGCCGCUUUGUCUCGCCAAAGCAGCAGGCAAUCUGUGAAAUCUUUGAUCGAGAGUAUAGAAAAUGCUGCCGGUCCUAAACCUUCAUCAAAGUCAGCUCAACUGUCUAGGAGCAGCUCUUCAUCAUCUAUAGCCUCCAUGGCUUCAGAUGUUAAAAGCCCUUCAAGUCCAUCACUGAUAAUGCCGACACCAUCUCCUGGUAACCUCUUGAAAACACCAGAUUGGAGUGAGACGCUUUCUCCAGUAGCCAACGUUAAAACGCCUUUAAAAGAGCAACAACCCAACAAAAUGAAUUGGAACAACAAAAGCGUCAUUUCAGAUUCUUUGAAUAAAACCGAUUUAGUUAAGUCUAAGCAAGAUGAGAACUAUCGGGAGUCGAUUCUACAGAAGGGAAUCGAUUUUUCUCGAAGAAAUAGUUAUUCUGAUCUUAGUGAAAGAAAGGACCCUUUGAAUAGCCUAGUCAAAAAUGGAGGUUCUAAAAGAAACGCUCUGUUAAAGUGGUGUCAAAAUAAGUGUGUAGGCUACCGAAACACAGACAUUACGAAUUUUUCCAGCUCCUGGAACGACGGGUUAGGUCUGUGCGCGAUUUUGCACACCUACUUACCCGAUAGAAUCCCAUAUGACAGUUUAACACCGCAAGAGAAGAGGAGAAACUUUUCUCUGGCUUUCACAGCAGCUGAGAGUGUCGGUAUUCCCACGACAUUGAACAUAAACGACAUGAUCCAACUGGAGAGACCCGAUUGGCAACAGGUAAUGUCGUAUGUUACUGCAAUCUACAAACAUUUCGAAACAUAAUCGAAAUGUUUAUUAGUUUAAGUUCUGUGAUAAUUUUAAUAAAAUAAAAGUUAAAAAUCGGUUGAUACGUAAAACAUUAUUUAUUCGUUGUCAUUUUUUUUUAUACAGGACGAGCCUGUAUAAAACGUAAGUCAUUUCUAUAAACCAUAACAAAUAAUCAAAAAUGUGACUGAAAAAAUACGGUUGGUACACGCAGUACCAAAAGACUGAUUUUGAGAACAACCAAAAUUUGUAUUUGUACUAAAUUUUUGAUAACAAUCUAUCGUUUUUGAUGUAAUUUACACCAAUAUUUUAUUAGGGUCGAUUACAUUUUGAUACAUUAAUGGCAUUGGGUGAAAAAUUGUCCCAGUGUAAUAUUUUCUAUAUUUAAUCUACUAUUACUAUAUAUACAUAUAGAGGGUGUCUAUUUAAAAAAAGUCUAAAGAUGUCAGAUCUGGCGAUCGCAGAGGCCAUUUUAUGUUUUUUAAAUAGACACUCUGUGUAAGAACAUAUUAUAUUUGUACAAUCUAGUCAGCUUAUGAUGUUAAAUGUGACUUAAUAACUUCUACAACAUAAAACACAAAAUAAAUUUUAGAAACACCAAAAUAAUUUGUUUGUUAUAUUAAUUUUGUAUUGAAUUGAAACCAUAGAUCGUAUUUGGUUCACCGGCUUCAUUAAUAUUUUUCUACUGGGUGUACAAUUACAAUUUUUUUUGUAAUGUGCAAUUAAUACAUUUUUAUAGACACCCCGUGUAAUUAAGCUUGAACAAGACUGCUAUUUUUUGGUAUUUACAUAAAAAUCAAUUAAUUUAGUAUUUAAUAUGUAAUUCUCAAUGGUUUAAUGAUUUUCCUGUAUAAUAUUAUUAUCUAAAUAGUUGGUAAUUUUUGUUGAUUUUUUGUAAAGUUUUUUUGUAUACUGUUUGUGGAAAAUACAUAAUUAUAAAAAAACUGUUGUUUUUGUAACGUAUCCUGCAUCAUAAGUCGAAAAAAAACAAGGUUGAAUGUGGACAAAAUAUAUUAAAAAAAAAAAAAAUUAAGAAAAUUCUUUAACUACAUCAGCGACUUGUUUAUCAUUAAAAAUUUCAAUCCAAUAUCCAUCCGGGUCUGUUAUAAAAGCAAUCCCUUUCAUUUUACCAUCAUUGGGUUUUUUCACAAAAUUUACACCGAGUUUUUCAAAUCUUUCACAAGCCUUAUCCACAUUUGGUACCAUAAGACCUAUAUGA